AUGGGAGUUGUGAAUGCGCCUACACAGCCCCCGGUGGGACGUCCUGGCUCCACGCUGGUGUCUUCUGUGUUGUUGUGGAAGUGCGACAGAGACACCGUGAUGGGGACAGGAGACAAGGGGAGACUGGGGGAGACAUGUGGGGGUGGGUGGGGGGCGUUCGAAGGAGGUCCCAGGACACCUCACUGGCCUCUCCCUCUCUCGCUGACAGGCUCUGUCAGCCUGGCUCCACAGCAGACCACUACUGCCUUCCUGCCCCAGACCAGAGACGCACAUGAGAGGAGGCUGGAGUGGAUGGUGGACGGACUGGCUGGGAAUAGACACAGAUUUAGCUCACAUGCAAAUAAUCCCAAUUCAGAGAGCAUUUUUUGA